AUGACGCUACCCGGGGUUUCUUCUGGGUUUGAUCCGGGUCUAUAUGCUGGUGGCACGGCAUGCCGAUCUAUAUAUUUUAGCCCUGAUUGGAGGAUUCGAUCUCAAGGCGCAACAUUAUCCGAUGUGCUAAAAGCCAUUGACGAUUUCCAUCUUCAAACUCAGGAAGGUGCCCGGCAAAAUCAGAACAUCGACCGUCUCUUCCAGGCCAAGGUCUGGUCUUGGCUCACGACCAACCCGGAGGUGUCUGUGGGCCAAAACAAUGAAUGGAACCACCUCACCUUGGAUGAAGCUGAGCAGAUUGACUCACAAGCGACCAAGAGCAGCAAAGCCACCAGUGUCCCCGAGUCAGACGAAACCGUACAGCAGAACCCUGAUCCAUCGCCAAUUCGCAUCUUCGUGUCAGAGGAAAGAAUCUGGCUUGCCAUCACUGGCCAUCCGCCAGAUGAAACGAAGGUUCUGCCUCUUGAAUUUGUUCUGCUGUCAGUGAUUGCGUCGCGCAAAUCAGAGGGUAUCGUGCAGCCCGAGCUGGUGAAGCUUAGUGGCCAGGAUAAACGGUCUGUCCCAAAGCGUACCGCUGCUUUACAUCAGAAGGGUUACAUUGACAAGCGACCUGUCCAAACAAAAAAAGCUCGAACCAGUCUCUGUACACUGCAGCGUUAUUUCCGCCCCACUGCCAGCCAGGCAGUUGCCCAAUCAAAAGAUGAAUCGGAAUCAAAGACCAUGAUUGAUUUCGAUACCUUCAAUACCAAUUUGUUUGAUAUUCUUCGGGAGCACCCGCUCAUCGCUCGGAGUGAUCUGAAAACGCUGCUAGGUUUUGAUGAUCCUUGGCGAUGGAAAGUCUUGUCCCGUGCUCUCCGCAAGUGGGAGCGGAUAGGUGUGGUACAGCGCGUGAGAGCCGAGUCGCAAUACGAAAGGAUGCACCCUUGUGUGAAGCUACUACGAGAUCCCACACAGCAAGAUCUGGACCUUUUCCAUGAAUUCAAUUUCGAUGUUUUGACUAAGCAUGGGGUGGGAGCCCGCUUUCCCCUAAACCGCGACGUGGACCUGGAAGGCCCAAGCAAAAGGUCACUUAGCCCAGAGGAAGAUGGCCUGAACCUGAUCAAAGAACACGUUGAACACGCCGGGCGCAUCGUACCAUCUUGGACGCCGGAUCGGAUCCUUUACAACCAGAUAUUUGACAUCGUUGAAAAGUCGGGCACAACAGGCAUCACGAACCAGACGCUUAAUUGGACAUGCUUUGGGUCCUUUUAUAAAAGACCUGCCGAGGGUAUGGUGCAUCGCUUGGUGGACCUAUGGCAAGUCGCUCAGCCGCUUCAUCUCCGUCAUCUCGCUAUUGUCCGAGAUAUGGCAAUGAAAAAGACCGUAAUGUAUUAUGUCCACUAUUCGGUCAAUAACUUUGCAAAGGUCGUUGAAGCCGGUCGGGCAGUAUGGGAGGCCGUUGAGUUCCCAGCCAAGAAAGCCAAAGCGCUGAAACUCGACGCACCGCCUUUUGGCGUGCUUCCUCAACUUGAUGAACUCGGGUUCCCUAAGAAGGACUUCCCUAGGGGUAUGCUGAAGAAUGCGAAUUCCACCCUCCUCGACGGGAUCAAUGCUGCCAAACCAAGCGACUAUCUUCUCUCUUCAGCUGACCCAUUCGUUGUCAAACUUGCAGAUGGUAAACUUGGUAUGGUUACUCUCCAUAAUCUUGAGUUUCACAACAUUUUUAGCUACAAUUCUAACACCAUCGCAGUUGUCCGUACACGCACCGACAAGCUACCACCCGGCUCUAAACAGCUAUUCGAAGGCCGCGCCCGGAAUCCGGGACGCACCGGGCUUCCGAAAGGUAGACCAAGCCGCGCGAUGUUGGAAAAGCGGGCGAGAGAAAGCGAAGCCACCGAAGCUCAGGUUGCACCAUCCGAACCCGAAUCCGAGCCGGAUGUGCCCCAAGCUUAUGGCUGGGAAGAUGUUGUGGAGACCCCACCGACUAAAAGAGCCAGAACCAAACAUAAACUCAUUGGAUUAUCCAAAAAAGAAAAGUUUGAAGCGCUUGGCAUGGACGAGAAUUGGACCGAAUACAAUGCGCUUAUCAUGGACAAGCCUGUUCCUGGGUUGUACGUGACUCCUCGCGGCCGAAGAAGGCCAGUCGGCAAGUCUCGAGGUCGUCCGAGACAGAGCCGAAUUGCCGUGUUUAAAUUGCCCAAACUAGCAUCAUUGCCCUGGUUUGUCAAGGACAAGGAUGAUUCAAGUGACGAUGAUGCGACACGGAAUGCCGGUACCACCAUUAGGGACUCCGAGAGCGUUGUCCCUGAACCUACACCCUCAAUCAUCAAAACUGAGGGACGCUUUAUCACACCUACCCCGACACCUUCAAGGCGAUUCAAAAGGACUCUGCCUGAUCAGAUAACUCUGGGUUCACCAACACCAUCGUUAACUUCCAACACCACUGACUUCAGAAACGAGGGGCCCAACAAAAGAUCUCGUCUCAACAAAGAUCAAGAUGCGAACGAGGAAGGCCCUUUGGAUGUAGCCGACGAAAUCACCAUCGAGGAUGCUACCCGGGGUCCGCAGGAGGGCUUCAUAGAACCGAUUACACCACGCCAUCGCGAUAAGAGUGCCAGCAUCCAUCAACUCGAGGAUGAGGAAAACGAAACUCCAUCUAAACGACGCCGUGUAGCUUCUUCUGAUUGUACUACUCAACAGUCUCCGGCACCACGUCCAUCUGAUGUUCCUACGCCACGUUCCAGCCUAGUCGUCCUUCAGCAAACACAAUCAACCUCCGACGUGAAGCCUGCAAAACCGCGGCGCAGAGCUCGAGGUAUCCGGAGUGCGCUAGGUUCAAAUGAGGAAGGAUUUGAAUCCAUCAGACCUUUGAUUGAAAGAGGCGGAUCUAUCAGCGUGCUUCGGAAGAAAUACCUUAUGGAAAUCAUAGAAAAGGCGGGUGGUGUAUAUCCUGCAGGCACUGCAAUCUGGUAUCCGUUUGUCACUGCAUGGAUGAAAGCCCAUCCUAAAGAAAAGCCCGACUUGCGAACGGUCAACAAUGCAUGCAGGCAAUUGGUCGAUGCCGGCCUGCUACGGCAGCUGACUUUCAGUGGCAAAGACAAGAAAAAUGUGAUGGUGACGAAGAAGUUGUUGUUGAAGCCUGAUAUUCCAGCAGAUAGUCCUUUGGUGAAAGAGAUGCAGACCAAAGUAUUGGCCAUCGAUAUCCAUGAUAAUCAGCCCUACUUCGCAGACAACGUCGAGCUGAAUCCGAACUUGACAAGAAGUGGUGGUCGACCACACAGCAUCCGAACACGAUUUGCGUUACCCGUCGAACAAGAAACCCAUGUCCAUUUACAACAGAAGCCUGCUUUCGUUGUGAAUUAUGAGACAAGGCAAGGGAGAUUGGCCCAUACGAAUAUCGUAAGACGCCUAGCAGCCCAAGCCAAGGCCGCGAAGGUAGCUACAGAUAACCUGCCUGACGUGCCUGGGGUUCAGCGACUCAUGACACUUGCGCGCCCUCCUGAGCUAGACAUUGAUGCCCAUCCGCAUACAUCGAUUAUCCGCCCGCUUUUCUCCACAAACAUGGGUGGUCCGGUCAAGUACCGAAAACGUGCGGUGCAUGCCAAACGGGCGAUGAUGAAGCCAAUUUCUGCCAUCGGAGCGUACGCUAUGUUAAUGAACCCGGCGCAACAAUUUCAUUCAACUACAGGGACCUUUACCACAGGGUCGUGUUGGUUCAAACCCCCAAAGCCCAAGCACGGGGCGGCAAAGCAGCCCGUCAUGGACAUCCGUGAGAUUGAGAGUUCUGUCAAUGAGCUAUCUAGAUUGGCUCAUGAUGAUAAAGAUCUACUGCGACUGUCACGCAUGAAACAGUUUGAUUUAAGAACCAAGAAGAUUCUCGAUUGGGAGCUUGACCACCAUGAUCUCUUUGCUGUAAACCUCAAGGGCCAGCAGUUUAUUGAGCAGACUAUUCGCCACGAGUUCGAGACUGCGCCAGUACAGGGCGAGAUUCGCUUCGAAGUGUCUACGGGCCCACUAGAACGGGCUUCACUCGGACCUCCUAUGCCAACACGGCGUAGCGAAGCCCUUCGGCUACGAAAGUCUGUGCCUGAGAUCCCAGACACAACUAUCCCGAAAACACCGAAAACAAGAAGAAAACGUGCGUCGCGUGCUGCUCCCAAGGAUCGCCGUUUGGCCAAGCUUGAUGAUACAGCACCAUCCGACAAAGAAGCGCAGAAACCCAAACGAAUUCGUCGAUACCGCGUCGUGCGUCCUAUUUCUGAGGAACUCAAGAAAAAGCUUAUGAUAGCUCUGGUUGUUGUUCGUGUACUUGCAGGCGGAGCAGAGUCCCGAAUCAUUGACUGGACUUUGGUGACCAAGGGUUUCCCGAAUCAAGAUCCGUCGUUCAUUGAAGGGCGAGCGCGUCAAAUCCUCAGCAAAAAUCGUUUGCAGAUUACCAAAAUGCACCGAGAUUUCCAAGAGUGCUUCCUUGAGGGGUACAAAAGGGAUGAAGUGCCGCGCAUUGAUUAUUCUGAUUUGGCUGGCUAUGACUGGCCUGCUUUGAUCGAGUGGGCAUGCACCAAGCUGGAUAUAUCUUCGUCUGAACGUGUCCCUGAUCUUCCAGCAACAAGGGAGCAAUUCGACAAUCUAUUUGAACUACGCGAAGAUCCUAUCACGGCAGGCGAUGAGUUGUACCAGUCUGUGCACGGUGUCACUCUCAAUCAUAAACGUCACUUGAUGGCGCGAAAUCCCUGUGCUGUAACCUUGGUUGACGAAGCCCACCCCAGAGUGGCCCCACGAAAGGUUUAUAUGGCACAGCUUGAGGCGGCGAAGACAUGGGUCCGGGCAAAUAUCAUCACCGCACAAGAGACCUAUCGACCCAACGAGGCAAGCGAUAUCCUGAGUCUCUUCGGCGAUCAACUCAUCACCAGAGCGACGCAGGCCCUGAUCGAUGAACGUGUCAUCAGUUCAACAAGCCGUGGUCGCAUUACCCCAGGUCGCAACUAUGAUAUCUCCGAGAAUUUCCUCCAAACCUUGAGCCGCAAACGUGCUGUCGAAAGCACCCAACUCCGUCGUGCAGCUCAUUUCAAAUCAACGAUACUGGAUCCCAAGCUCCGGGCUAACGGAGUCUAUGACAUUGCAUACGCCGCAGAAGAUGGCGAUAUUCUCGCAUUGAUGAAUCUGUAUGCAUCAAAAGCUAUUCAGCUGCGGCCCCGCGAUCCUCCCCGAGCCAAAUUUGGUCUCACCGACGGUGGUUAUGAGACUCGACAGAUGGACAAGAGACGCUUCCGUUUCGCCAUCGAAGUUAUCCCCACCAAGAAAUACCGCCAUGGUAACCCUGUCACCGAUAGAGCGGCAGCGGUGGCAAUCCCACCGGCACCAUCACCUUCACCAUCGCAGACAGGAGUGCCAAUCAGGACCCCUAUGUGGUACGAUAUCAAUGGCCAAUUCGUUCGUCGUUUGUGGGAGCUAGUGGUUGGUCCUGUCAUCGGAUGCUUGGUCACGCGGCCCGGAAUCAAGGCUUCUAGCGUUUCCAGCAUGAUCAAGCCUACCAUGGGUGUAUGGGAAACUGUGCUGAUGCUGGAAUGGCUGGAGCAAGCUGGCGUUGUCAAGGCAGAUGGUAAGGGAGAGACAGCCUGCUGGAGAUUACAGGAGUCAUGGUGGAUGAUUUUAUCUUGA